AUGGCGCCAAAGAACAAAUUUAGGGUUUCCGAUUACGAGGAAAUGGAAGAUCAACCCCAAAAGAGUCUCUAUCAGGUUAUUGGAUUGGAGAAAACAACCUCUCAACAGGAAAUUAAGAAGGCAUAUUACAAGUUGGCGUUGCGGCUUCAUCCGGAUAAGAACCCCGAUGACGAGGAGGCUAAAGAGAAAUUUCAACAACUCCAAAAAGUUAUUUCCAUUAUUGGGGAUGAAGAGAACCAAGCACUUUAUGAUCAUACUAGUUGUAUUGAUGAUGAUGUGAGUAAUGUUGUUGCUACAAGUAUUAGUAGUAUUGUUAUUAGUAGUACUUUUUUAAUUGAUAUUGCUUCUAAAGAUGAAUUAGGGCCGUUUGUUUUUGAAAAUAGAUUUUACAAAAUCGUUUUUCAAAAUAUUACAAGUUUUUAUAUUGUUUUUUUUAAUUGA